AUGGCUGCACUGUGGCUGCUGAGUCUGGUGACCAUGGUGCUGGGCUUGGCCACAGCUGCUCCUGUCCCUCCUUCCAAGCCCACUCCAGCCAGAACAGGCUGUCACAUUAGCAUUUUCCAGUCUGUGUCACGACGGGAGCUAGGAGUCUUCAAGAAAGCCAAGGAUGCUUUGGAAGAAUUGCUGCUACAGAAGGAUGUCAGGUGUAGCACCAAUCCCUUUCCCAGUAGCCGGAAACUGGGCCAGCUGCAGGUCCAGGAGCGCCCCAAGGCCUUGCAGGCUGAGCUGGCCCUGACACUGAAGGUCCUAGAGAACAUGACUGACUCAGCCCUGGUCCCCAUCCUGGACCAGCCUCUUCACACCCUGCGCCACAUCCACUCACAGCUGCGGGCCUGUGUGCAGCCUGAGCCCACAGCAGAGCCCAGGCCUCUGAGCCGCCGCCUCUCACGCUGGCUGCACAGGCUCCAGGAGGCCCAGAGGAAGGAGAUCCCCGGCUGCCUGGAGGCCUCUGUCACUUUCAACCUCUUCCGCCUGCUCACCGGGGACCUGAAGUGUGUGGCGAGCGGAGAUCAGUGUGUCUGAGUACAGAGGCCCGGCACCGUGUGUCCAAGACUCUACACUCUACACUUGGCCCCACACCUACCUUAACUUAUUUCCUCUCACCCUUUAUUUAUGAAGCUGCAACCCAGGUUGGGUUUAUUUUCAUACUUUUAUACAAUAUAUGCAAAUAAGCAGUGAGGAGCUGGACUCUGCUGUGAUGUGUGAUCCUUGAGGAUGUGUUUCUGUGGGGUUGUGGGCAUGUGACUAAGUGUGGAUGUCUGUCUGUGUGGUGCAGAGGACAUUCAAGACUGUGCGUUUAUGUGUUUGUCUUCUGUGAUAUGUAUCCAAGGGACCACCUCUCCGAAUGAGCAGCUAACCAAAGAUGUGUCAUUGGGUGGCUUAUCCACAUUCACAUGUAUUUAUAAACAUGCUUAUAGUCUUUCUCUGGUCUGUAUGUGCUGUGUAGCUCUCCUUUAAAUAAUGUCUCUGAGACAGAUGGGGGUCUCUCUCAUUCAGGUUGCUGUCUCCUAUAAUAAGGAAGCAGAAAACCCAACAUGGGCAGGAGAGGUUAUAC